AUGGCAUCAACGUGGAUGCAAGAUGUCGACGAGAUGGCGGAUGAAAGUGGAAAACGUCGGCUAUCUGGGCGGAUUCAUAUUCUCGGAGUUGGAAACAUCGGCACCUUUGUUGCUCACUCGCUGGCAAGUCGGCCAUCCCCGCCGCCCAUCACUCUUCUUAUGCACAGCCCGGAGGUAUACGAGGUUUUUCGGAAGCGAAGGCAGACCUUGGCCAUCGAUAGCAUCGGAUUAGAUGAUAACAAAACUGGGUUUGACGUCAAUGUGCUGUCCGAAGGGGUCUGGCAUUCAAGACCCUACAUGAACACAGAAGAAGAAGUGCCGGAGGAUGGGCAAACUGUCUCUGGGAGUUUGGCUGACAGCGAACCGCAAUUCACGCCAGUUGAAGGGGAAGCCGAGGAGAUUGAAUGCUUGAUAAUCUCUGUCAAAGCCCCUGCAACUGUAUCCGCCCUGCAGACUGUCCGUCAUCGAUUGACGCCGGACUCUACCGUGUUGUUUAUUCAGAAUGGGAUGGGCAUCAUCGAAGCAGUUAAUGAGCACGUUUUUCCCGAUCCUAGGCAACGUCCGAACUACAUGCUUGGCAUCAUCAGCCAUGGCCUUGCCCAGCGAAGUGGCAGAUUUCACGUCACUCACACCGGGGUGGGCACAACGAUUCUAGGUCCCGUACCGCCACAAAACUCUGGCAAGUUGGGAUCAAAUAGCGAAGAACCAGACUGGGCCCCUAGCACAAAGUACUUACUGCGCACAUUGACGCUCACGCCAGCCCUAGUUGCUGUUGCCGAGUCUCCUUCUUCAAUUAUGCUGUACCAGCUGGAAAAGCUAGCGAUGAAUUCCGUCAUCAACCCACUGACUGCAUUGAUGGACUGCCGAAAUGGCGAACUAUUGUACAACUACAGCUUCACUCGUGUGAUGAGGUUACUCCUUCUAGAGAUCUCUAGUGUGAUCUGCAGUCUACCUGAACUACAGGGUAUUCCUGGAAUCGAGAGUCGUUUCUCCCCGGAGCGGUUGCGCUGGAUGGUUACGCAGCUUGCGAACAAAACAGCAAAGAACCAUAGCUCCAUGUUACAGGAUGUUCGAGCCAACAAGACGACGGAGAUUGAGUUUUUGAACGGAUAUAUCGUGCGGAGGGGCGAGGAGCUCGGCCAGAAAUGCGUGGUUAAUUACAUGAUCAAGCACCUGGUACUUGCAAAGCAGCGAGAAUCUCGCCGGAAAGAAUCCAGUACCAUUCCGAUUGAUAUCCCGGACGAACCAAAGGACAGCAAACUUUGA